AUGUCGACAGACAUAAUACCAAUUUGUCUAAAAUUUGGUAUUACAUAUCAAUCAUUACAUAUUAACAGAUCAAAUGCAAAUAUUUUAACCGAAAUACAAGACCGUGCAUUAGAAGUUGUUCGCACAACACUACCUCAUUUUGAUACAAAAGAUUAUAAUCAACGUAUUAAAUUAUUUUUAAUUUCACAUGAUCAUGUACCACCGAAUCUAAAAUUAUUAACACGUCAUACAGAUUUGACACCAGCUUGUUUUAUUGAAAUUAUCAUUUGGACAUCGACAACAGACUCAUUGGUUCUACCACGUGAUCAUCAAUUACAAGAACAUAAUUAUAAAAAACCCACUUAUUGUCAAGCAUGCAAUUAUUUUAUGUGGGGUUUUGUAAAACAGGGUAAACGAUGUAAACUGUGCAGAAAAGACUAUCAUCAUCAAUGUGCUGCUCAUUUACCACCUGAUUGUUCAGAUCGUCCAAUGGGUCGACGAUACUCAUCAACAAAUACAAUAUCCUCAACUCAUAGUAACAGUGUUUAUGUAGUCGACAAUGAUGUAUUAGCCAAUCAAGUAAAACAAAAGAAAAAAUCACCGUUCACUAGUCUAUUUAAAUCAAAAGAAUCUUCAUCUCACAGUUUUGGUAGUACUAAAUCAUCGCUAUCAUCAACAAUAAUAUCAACAUUUAAUUCAAAAUCAGCUACUAAUUCAAAUCAUUCCGGUGCGUCCAUGAUACAUUCAACAAGUGAUAAACAAUUAGUUAAUUCGGAUAUACCUGAUACACCAUCCACAAAAAAUCAAACAAAAGUGCCAAAUAAUUCUAGAUCACGAACAUCAUCAGCUCAAACAAAUAACAAUGGAGUUCAUAUUGUUAAAACAGAUCGAAGAAAGGAUAUUAAAUUAACAAACUGUCAAGAAAAAGACGGUAUAUGGACAGCAAACGCACAAUUUGGACGAGAAUCAAGACGCAGUAAACGAGCAGAAAUUAUUUAUGAUCGAAAAAAAUUUCAAUUUACUUUAAAAGAUCAAGAUGGAAAUAAAGAAGUUAUCGAAUUAUCAGCUGAAGAAGUCGAAGCACAUCGUGCCCGACAACUGUCUGAUAUCGCUCAAACCAACGGAGAAGUUAGUAAAUCAAGAAGUGAUAGUAUAACAGCACAAAAAAACGUUUAUGAAAAAUUGGCCAAUUUAUUACUUGAUAUAAUAAAUACCGCUGCUCAAUCUGUUGAACAUGAUCGAAAAGCUCGUUCAUCAUUUAAAAUGGUACGUUCAUCAGAUCAUAAUAAAGAUUUUGCCGAUUUAUACGAUAUGAAUGAAAAAGAAAUAUUGGGUGUGGGAAGAUUUGGAAUGGUAUUUGGUGGUAUAAUGAAGAAGAAUGGCGUUCCAGUUGCUAUAAAAAAAAUUCAAACAUUACAAUGUUCACAAAAAGAUCGUGAAAAUAUUGAACAAGAAGCGUCAUAUUUAUUUCAAUUAAAUCAUCCUGGUAUAUUAAAAUUUGAAGGUAUAUUUGAAUUUGAAAAACAUAUAUUUCUUGUGACGGAACGUCUUGAUACGGAUAUGUUAAAUUUUAUUCUAUCAAAUCCAACUCCAAAAGCAAGAUUAAAUGAAGAUAUAACAAGAUUUUUAGCAUUUCAAUUAGUAGCAGCUAUACGUUAUUUACAUUUUAAAAAUAUAGCUCAUUGUGAUUUGAAACCGGAUAAUGUUUUAAUUAAUAUUUAUAAUGAUGAUAUUAUUCAUUUGAAAGUUGGAGAUUUUGGUUAUGCUCGAACAAUUCAUGAUCAUUCAUUAAGAUACACAAAAGUUGGCACAACCGCCUAUUUAGCACCCGAAGUUAUCCACGAUCAAUUACGACAUGCACGUGGCUAUAACAAAACCGUUGAUAUGUGGGCAAUUGGUGUGAUUAUUUUUGUGAGUUUAACAGGAUAUUUUCCAUUUCAUGAAGAUAUGGAUAUAUUACCGCAAUUGGACAAUAUACCAAAAUUAUUUCAAGAUGAAAUAUUAAAUAAAGUAACUGAUGAUGUGAAAGAUUUGUUAAAAUUUCGUUUAUUAGUACCAGACGCUGGUCAUCGUAUGCGUAGUGCUGGUGUCAUUUAUCAUGAUUGGUUUCAAAAAAGCCAUGUACUAUUAGACUCGUGUAGACGUUUAGAAGAUUGUCUGGAAAAAAAAUGGUUAACUCUAUUUUUUGAAGAAACGGAAGUUGUAAAUGAAUCGGAAUCAGGCUGA